UUCAAAAAGAAUUUUGGUAGCCCUCCAUGGUCCGUGUAUGAGUUUAAACUGAAAGGAAACUUGUUUUAGCUCCAAAAUCAAUUUUCAAAACCUGUGUUAGUGCCAAAAACUAAAUCUUUUGCUGAGUUUCAAGUUAAAAGUUGAUAUCUUUCAACUUUGUCUGUUUCGGGUUCUUUUUUAUUGUUAAAAAUUAGCCUUGUUUUUAGCUGGUUGAGCUGAAAAUCCAAAUGCGUUUUUGAUAAAAUCUCAGAAAGUUUUUAGUUUUAACUAUGGAGUCAAGAGAAGCUGUUACUAAUACUAAUAUUAGUACUAAUACUACCACCACCACCACCACUACUACUACUACUACCACUGCUGGCGUAACGGUGGUAGGAUCUGAUGCUCCAUCGGACUACCACAUAGCUCCAAGGUCUGAAAACUCGACCCAAAAUCCUAACCCGGCUCCUGGAUCCGCUCCGCCGCAGAUUCCUCAACAACCGGCGGCUCAACAAGUCCCUCAGCCUGUUGUGGUGCCGGGGAUGCCCUUGAAGAAGAAGAGGGGAAGACCUAGGAAGUAUGGACCGGAUGGUUCAGUCACUAUGGCGCUCUCUCCAAAGCCUAUAUCAACGGCUGCCCCACCUCCAGUAAUCGAUUUUUCAGCCGGGAAGAGAGCGAAAGUGAAGUCGCCGAUAUCGUUUCCGAAGACUAAGUACGAGCUGGAGAAUUUAGGUGAAUGGGUUGCAUGCUCUGUCGGUGGUAAUUUUGCGCCACAUAUCAUCACUGUUAAUGCUGGUGAGGAUGUCACGAUGAAGAUUAUAUCAUUUUCCCAACAAGGGCCUCGAGCUAUAUGCAUUCUUUCUGCAAAUGGAGUGAUCUCAAGUGUCACUCUUCGUCAACCUGAUUCUUCCGGAGGUACAUUGACAUAUGAGGGUCGUUUUGAGAUACUGUCCUUGUCUGGUUCGUUCAUGCCUAAUGACACUGGAGGAACAAGAAGCAGAUCGGGUGGGAUGAGUGUGUCAUUAGCGAGUCCAGAUGGACGUGUUGUAGGUGGCGGAGUUGCUGGUCUCCUAGUAGCUGCUGGCCCUGUGCAGGUUGUGGUGGGCAGCUUUCUAGCAGGGAACCAACAUGAGCAGAAGCCUAAGAAACAGAAGGAUGAGUCUUUUUCAGUUGCCACACCAGUGGCUGCCGUUCCUGUUUCCAGUGCGGAUCCAAAAUCAAACAUCACUUCAUCAUUCCGCAGCGAGAGUUGGUCUCCGUUGCCUUCUGAUUCAAGGAAUAAACCGACCGACAUAAAUGUAUCUUUGCCUGGAAGCUAAUCUAAAUUUCCCAACCUUAAGGUUCCAAUACUGACACCACAGGCAAUCAAAGUAAAUUUGAUGAAUCCCAUUCUCACCUUGUUUUACGUGUAAGCUUAUUUAGCUUCUCACCAGUACCAGCAUGUUCAUGUUCCUUGGGGUUUAUUUACCCUAUUUAUUUGUCACCAUUAGUUUAGUCUAGUCAGGUGAUUAGAUAGCCUUAUCCAGCUGUUGUGUCAAGUAGAAUAUUUUGAAUGUAAUGUUUACUGAGAGAGUUGGCCUUUCCUCGAAGUGAUGAUGGAUUUGUUUAUGGCUUGUUUAUGUAGCUUCAACUCUGUUCUAUUUC